GCUUUAGGCUUCAUCUUUAGCUUUAGCUUCUUGUUGUGUUCUGGGUUUGCUACUUUUUGUGAAAAUGGAUUUAGGACUAGGACUUUACUUUUGAUGAGCUAAAGCACUACCUUUUCUUAAUAUUGUUUUUUAAGAUGAGUGGUACGUUUAAAUUCCCUUGUCUUAAUAACUGAUUGACGAGCUAAACACGAUGAAGCGGAGCGCCUCGGAGUUGGCUCUUGAGGAGUUCAGCAGGAACACUAUGAGUACCACCACCAUCCCUGCACCCUCUGCCUUCCCUGAUUUCGCUCUUCAUCCGCCCAUCGCCCAUCUUUCUAAUUCUUUCCACUUCACUGAAUUUUCCGGAGAUGCAGCUGAGCUUAGCCCUCAAACACAUGUAUUAUUGUCACAGACGCUUACCUCACACCUUGAUUCUCAAUCAUCCUUCUGCGGAAAUGAGUCGUGGGGAAGUACAGUGUGUGAAGGGAAUAACUCAAACUAUAGGAGUAGGGAGAAUGAAGUUAGAGGAGCUACAACUCUUUCCUCCGAUCAUGAUCCGUCCGAUGAUGAUGACGACGAUGUAGAAGAAGAAGAAGAUGAUGAUGAUGAUGAAGAUGAAGAAGGAGGAGAAGGAGAAGGAGAAGUAGAAGAAGCAGAUGCUGGUCAGUCUGAACAGAGCUUAGACCCCUCUCAUUUGAAACGCCUCCGCAGGAAGCUUUCUAAUAGGGAGUCUGCCAGGCGAUCAAGGAAAAGAAAGCAAGAGCAACUGGCAGAACUUGAAUUCCAGGCUGAACAAUUAAGGGGAGAAAAUGAUUCCCUAUUCAAGCAGCUUACUAAUGCUCAUCAACUAAUUCGUGAUGUUGGCACUAACAAUCGAGUGCUCACCUCAAAUGUGCAAGCCUUGAGGCACAAGGUAAAGCUGGCUGAAGAUAUGCUAGCUGGAGGCUCCUUCACAUGUGGUUUGAAUCAACUUGUUCAGAGUCACUUGACUUCACAGCAACCGAUUGCUACUAAUAAUCACAAUCUUGGGCGGGUGGUAAAUGUCUCCCCCACUAUUACCGUUCAAGGAGAUUCUUCUUCCUAUGCUGGAUUCACGGACAUGGGGAACUCACCAAAUCUUGGCCUGCCAACUCUUGAUUUCACCAAUUCCAAUCAGAAUAAUAUUGGAAUUGGUGGUGAUGCUAUGAGCUGGCCUUAAGGAUUAAUUUAUUUUUAUAUGUAUCUACUGUGUCCCUGCUUGCUUUGUCGAUUAGAUUUAGAUCCAGUUAAUGUACUAGUAGUAUUUAGAUCCAGCUCUGCUGACUGCUGAAAUUGCCUGUACCCAAAUUGCUUUCAUGCUGCACGUAUUUCUUUUGGAACUAAAUUACACUAUUACAUUAUAAUUAA